UUUAAACCCUUCUUCUUCGCUCACCUUCGGAGCCCUUGUUUUAUCCUUUCUCUCCUAAAACCCUAAUCCCACGCUCCCAAUCCCUCCUCUAUCUCCCUUCUUCUUCUUCCUUUGCGUCGCCCUUAAAGUCCCCAGUAAGGUACCUUCAACGCUCACUGUUCAAUGGCUUGUGGAAUCUGCAAACCCUUCUCAACCCCUCCUUUCCUUCCUCAUCGCCGAAGAACCCCAAAAGAGGCAAAAAUGGAAGAAUUACCAGGGAGACUUUCACCCGUUGAUGCACCGUCUAGCGAGCCAACUCCAAAGCCCAACCCGUUGAACCUGAACAGACUAAUCAGUCUUGACCUCGCCAUGCCGUGGGAAUGCGUCGCUGAUCUAGUGAGGCCUGAUCAACAGUGCCGCAUCUCUGUAAGUAGAUGUUUAACCUCGAUUUCCGGCAGGAGUACGGUUAUAUUUGGUUAUUGGAUAGGGCCGGAUAUCGAAGAUGGAUGGGGGUACGUUGAGGCCACUCUUGAUCGAAUUCUUUGAUUCACAACAUUAUACAAAACUUAUUUGUACUUGCUUUAGUUUUUUUCUUUUUCCCCCUCUCCGUCCUUGUGAGCCAUCUUGGUUUAAGCCAACUCUCCACAUUUGAGGUCUCAAGACAUAGUAUGCUUCAAUAUAUAGUUUCGAUAACAAGUGCUUUGUUUCAUAUGUGAUUUAAUUAUUCAAAGUAAUAUCCAAGUCUUAAUUUUUGUC